ACCUCGAAAGGCUUACUUUGGAUCCUCAAUACAACGACUCGUUAAAGACCGACGGAGAAAUUCGACCUAUCUGGGUGUUACUAGUAGAUGGAGGAUCGGAUGAGAAUCCAAGGCAUCUGAAAAACAUUAAAAU